GGGAUCCAUGCUGGGGAGGGAUUUGUACAGAAAUAGCGGAUGUUAUUUCAAGCAUAUUUUUAUGCUAAUUACUUUAAGAAAGGGGAUUUGAACACAUUUUCCUCCCGGCAGUGCAGGGAAAGAAACAAAUGCCCAAAUUGUGGAGGUAAAAGUCAUUUUCCCUUUGCAAACAAAAGUUUGCCUCAGACGUCGGCGUCAAAUCUGCACCUCGAAUGUUGAAUUUUACUCCCCUUUUACAUUCAAAGGAGGCAUCAGGAAUUGUGUAGUGUACUCCUGAUUCACAAGAAUGGCAAGUAACCCCUCAGCGGCUAUGCUCAGUAAAGUUCUUGAGCAGCAAAUGCUGCAGACAACUGAAAUAGUUGAACAACAUCUAGAUACAGAGAUUGAAAAGUUUGAAAAGAUGGAUGCAGAUGAACUGGAAAAACUCCGAGAAAAGAGGCUUGAAUCAAUGAAAAAAGCACAGCAUCAGAAACAGGAAUGGCUUUCCAAGGGCCAUGGCGAAUACAAAGAGAUUCCCAGUGAAAAAGAUUUUUUUCAAGAAGUUAAAGAGAGUAAAAAUGUGGUUUGCCACUUUUACAGAGAUACCACAUUUAGAUGCAAGAUAGUAGACAAGCACUUGGCUAUUCUAGCUAAAAAGCACUUUGAAACCAAGUUCAUCAAAUUAAAUGCAGAAAAAGCUCCUUUUCUUUCUGAGAGAUUACGAAUCAAAGUAAUUCCAACAAUGGUUUUGGUGAAAGAUGGAAAAGCUAAAGAUUACAUAAUUGGGUUUGAUGACCUUGGUUGCACAGACAACUUCACUACUGAGACUUUGGAAUGGCGACUCGGCUGUGCUGCCAUCAUUAACUACAGUGGAAACUUGAUGGAACCACCUUUCCAGCUGCAAAGAAAAAGUGGAUGCGUCACAAAGAUGGAGAAAAAGGCAAUCAGAGGAAAAAGCAAUGAUUCUGAUUCAGAUGAUGAUUAGACCGUUCUAAGUAUGUUUCUUGAUUGAAGCUUCUAAUUUAGCCUUUUUUUCCUGUCCUACCCAUUAUCAAUUUUUAAUUUUAACAGAUGCCAUACAAAUUUUUAAUUUUAGACUAAUAAAACUGCAAAUACAAUUGCAUUGUAAAUAGUGACUCUGUCAGGUAUUGACUAAAGUUUUUUCAGAAAUGUUUCAUGAAUGUUGGUAGAAAGUCAUCUAUUUUGCUGCAAUUGCAUUGUAAGUCUAUUUUUCUGUAGCAGAUGACAAAUACACACUUGCAUCACUUACUAGAUAAAUGAACAUCAUACUUAGUAAUAAAUUGGAAAGACAUACAAUAAUUCACUUA